UUGCUGUGUUGGUUGCUAUGCUAUGCUACUACUCUUCUGUCUGACACAGUGAGAGUAACUCGGGAAGUGAGCUACCACAGUACAUCACAAUAAUCCAAAACCCAUCUUCACCAACCCACACUCUCUCUUUUGCUAGGGUUUCCUCUCUUCACAUUUCAACACUCUUGAAUAGUAGGUCAGGGGAUUUGAAGAGGUACUCUCCAUUGCAUUUCUAUCUCCUGAGACAUUAAAUUAUGCAGACACCAAAAGCAAGAUCCAGUGCUCCAGAAAUGUCCCAAAGGAAAUCACCUGCUGCAACCCCUCGAACUGCUCGCCAGUUGAAGACACCAAACUCUGGUUCUAACUCGGCCUCCUCCUCUCCAAAUCCCAUAAGAAAGACGCCAAAAGACAUGAGUCCGAGAGUAAACGAACGCAGGUUAUCACACAGUCCAAUAUCUGAGAAGAAGCGGCCUAGCAAGGUUCAGGAAUUGGAAUCACAGAUUGCUAAGCUUCAAGAAGAUCUGAAGAGUGCUAAGGAUCAACUUAACUCAUCGGAGUCAUGGAAGAGAAAAGUUCAAGAGGAGGCUGAAGAAGCAAAGAAGCAGAUACUGUCCUUGUCAAAAGAGCUGGAAGAAUCCCGUCAACAGUUUUCGGACCUUUCCGCUUCCGAAGAAACACGGCUUCAAGAACUCAGUAAAAUAUCUCAGGAUCGAGAUCGUGCAUGGCAAUCUGAACUUGAGGCUGUCCAAAAGCAACACUCAAUGGAUUCAUCCGCUCUGGUGUCUGCCAUGAAUGAAAUACAUAAAUUGAAAAGUCAGCUUGAAAGAGCAAGCGAGUCCGAAUCUUCUCAGGCUAACAACGCAAAGUCUGAUCAUGCUCAGAUUCAGGACUUGAGGAUGGAUCUUAGUGAAGCUAUCUCUGUUAUGGAAAAACUAAGAAAUGAGGCAAGUGAUUGCAAAGAAUCCGAAUCACGAGCUUUAGAAGUGAUUGGCAAAAUGCAAAUGCAAUUGGAAACGGUAAAUAAGACAGUGGAAACACUCCGAUCAGAUGGUCUAAAAGCAACUGAAGCUUACAAGUCCUUAGCUUUGGAGUUGGAGCAAUCAAGAUCUCAAGCAAAGUCCUUGGAGGAACUUGUGAGGAAACUUGACACUGAUUCAACCAAUGGAAAGGGACUUUCUCAGGAAAAUGAGGAGAUAAAUGGGCUCAAAGCCGCGCUUAUCUCUGCCAAAUCUGAAGUAGAGCAGUUGAAAUCUGCAUUGGAUGUUGCCGAGAUAAGAUACCAAGAAGAAUACAUCCAGAGCACAUUGCAGAUUAGAAGUGCUUACGAACAACUGGAACAUAGAAAAUCAGAAUCCAGUGGGAGAGAGGCUGAAUUAUAUGAGGAACUGAGGAAAGCUAUAGCUGGUAUUGAAGAGCUAAAAGCAAGCCUGAUGGAAAAGGAAUCUCAAUUGCUGAGUUUGUCGGCGGAGAAUGAGGGGUGCAAUUCCAGUAUCAAUGAAAAGCGAUCUACUGAAAGGGAAUCUGAACUUGCUGCAGAACUCAAAAAAAUGGAUACUGAUGUUGCAGAAUGGAAAGCAAAAUUAUUAGAUAGAGAGACGGAGUUGAAAAACGUAACUGAAGAAAAUAGUAUCCUCAAGAUGGAGAUAAAAGAGUUGGAGCUGAACAAAAUCACUGACGAGGCUAUUGAGGUUGAAGCAGCAAGGGCUGCAGAGAAAGAGGCUUUGACGAAACUUAGCUAUGUAAUGGAAGAAGCGGAUAAAAGUAACAGAAGAGUGGCUCGUGUAACUGAACAGCUAGAUGCUGCUCAGGCUGCGAAUUCAGAGCUGGAAGCCGAAUUAAGGAGAUUGAAAGUUCAGUCUGAUCAGUGGAGAAAAGCAGCUGAGGCAGCCGCGUCUAUACUUUCUACCACUGGAAACAAUGGAAAAUGUGUAGGGAAAAACGGCGCACUUGACAGUAGUUUCAACUCUAUUUCAAGCAAGACAAUGAAUUCACCCUAUUUAGAAGACACGGAUGAUGAGUCCCCAAAGAAGAAAAACAAAAACAUGCUGAAGAAGAUUGGAGUGUUGUGGAGGAAGAAUCAUCAUUAAGUAGAUUUUAAUUGUAUGUUGUUUCAUUGUACUCUUUAUUUUUAUUGGAUGUUGUUAUUAUUCUUAGGUAUUACUAGUGUCUGGUACCAACUUUCUUGAAUCAAGCUGUUCAACCGUUAUAGGACCCUACUGUAUUUUGUUUCUACAAGUAGAUCCUGUUUUAUUGUCAUCAAA